AUGGUGGUGGACUUCCUUGGGGUACUGAAAGAAGACGAGGUUCAUCUUGGUUUUUCCUCCAAAUUCUCUGAUGAGCAAUCUGGCUUUUCCGAGACAUUCCUCCACGGCAUGGACGUCCUCGUUGCACGUUCCCCGGCACACUACCCAAGCGAUGUCCAAAGAGUCAAAGCAGUCUUGAAGCCGGAACUGGGCGCGUUGAAAGAUGCUAUAGUUUUCCCAACAACAGGCAACACGCCCCUAGCAGACAAACUGUCAGGUGGCGAUUACGAUGGCGAUAUGGCCUGGGUGUGCUGGGAACCCACCAUUGUGGACAACUUCCAAAAUGCGGCCCUUCCUGAUGUUCCAGACUUGUUCAAAGAAGGGAUCUUGUCGAAGGACAGCCAAACUUAUCACGAUCUGGUCGUUUCGCUAGAGGGCGACGAUGAUACGACGGAGUUUCUCGACCAGGCGAUGCGAUUCAAUAUGGAGUCAAAUCUACUUGGCACCUGCACAAACUACAAGGAGAAGCUUUGCUAUUCAAGGCGAUCGGUCAGGGACGAGCCUGCAAUCUUCUUGAGUACCCUUAUUAGCCAUCUGGUAGAUCGAGCCAAGCAGGGCAUCCUGUUUACUGAGCAGGAGUGGAAUCCACUUCGAAAGAAGUUGAAUGGCGACCAAGCUGAUCCUCAGCGAGCAAAGUCUCGACUGGAUCCUUUACUGCCGCAGUACAAGAACACGGACUACAGAGGCAACGACAAGCCUACUCACAUUAUAGACUUUGUCAAGUUUUGCGUAGGGAAGCCAACCGUCGAGGCCGAACUCAAGGCCCUUGAUAUCUUCCUGAGCGAAGCUAAACACUGGGACAAGGAUCUUGUGAGGUACUCUGAUUUCUACGAGAAGUUUCAAAGGACGAGUAACGAGCGGAAAAAAGCCAACGAGGCCGGGAACUUCAAAAGAACUUCCUGGGGACUAUUCUUCGACAGGCUGAAGAGAGACAUUGAUGAUGUCGCCAGCGUGUGGAAUAGUACCCAGGGCGAAUUCGAGGUUAAACUGUGGAACGCCUACGACAAGUGGCGAAAUGUUUUGCCGAAAAAUGAAGUCAAUCAUACGAGAAUUAAAGCCCUACAAGAGGGAACCUCAGCCGCGGUCGGUCUUUCGCCUUGGGACCUUCUGAAAGCGUCCUACUGCUACAAGAUGUACUACCGAAGGUCCCCAUCAUUCCCUUGGCAUAUUGCAGGCCGGCAGCUAGCAUACCUGAAGGCCAUGCGUGCCAGCGACGCAGACGCUCCGCCCAUACUGAUGACGCCGCUCAUGUACGCUGGCUCGCGGCCCGACGCCAGCUUCGCGCGCGGCAGAGCUGCCUUGAACGAGGGACGACGCUUGGAGACUGUCGGUGAAGGAGCAGAAGAGAACGCGCGGGACGAGGAUGUCUAG